CGCUGGUUGCUUGCAGUCUAGGGAUGGAGCUUGCGGCACGUGCUCUGUCGCGCGCUCUUGCCCAAACUGGAUCUGUCAUGAUGUAGAUCUAUACAGUACUUCUUGAAGACUCAUUUCUGCGUGUGUAGAAGCGGACUGGAUCAGAACCGACACUCCUCAGGCGUCUCAGUGUCCCACAGCAUCCAAGGGAAAAAAAGAAAGAAAGAAAAGCUGGGACUCCUUUUAUAGGGAACUUUGAACGACGCUGACAGCGGGACUGUCUGGGAUGCUGCUGUUUGAAGUCUCUCAAGUAUUUUUCAGUUCCCAACUUCCAGAUCAGCUGGACUAUCUGAGGAGGUUGAUGAGCUUCCAAUGGAACCAGUUUGAACGCAGAGGACGUGCGUAAAAGCGGGAUGUCGAAGCUGGAUUCUCGGAUCUCUCCAGUGCGCUUUCAUUUUCACCAACCUGAAUGAGAACAUUUGUAUUCAUUGGACAAUAAAACUGAAAAUGACAGGCUGGAAAGACCAAUGAAGACACUGGAGUAGCCGGAUCCAACUGUUCAGACUUUUCAUCUGAAAGAAAAGCUGUCCCCGAAAAAAGCCCUGGGAGUUAAAUAAAUAAAUAAAUAAAUCAAACCCUUUUCUGAUCAUCACAUUUUGCCAUUGUAGUGUUCACUGACCAGAGCAAGUCAUGGGCAGCGCACAAUUAUCCCUCAACAGACCCUAACAAAACUGUCGCUCGCCUGGUUUUGAUUUGGAACGGACAGCUGUGAUGUGCUGCCUUCCUAACAUCCCCAGACACAGCAGGCAGAGCCGAGCUUCAACACAAACCUCAAUUCAGAAGGCCUCAUGUGGACCCCGGCGAAGAUAAGAGAGACAAGGAAACUGUUGUAUCUGCCGUCAUCUUCGUCCUACAUGCAGCUGCGUGGUUAGCUUUAUUGAAAAGGAGGAGCCUAUUAAAGCCUCUGAUAGAUUGGAAAGCUACGUCUGAAGGUGUAGUUUCCUGCUGACUGCUGGUUGGAGAUGAGAUAAGAGAGAGUCGGUCUGCUGCUGAAUACAAAUUGGCUUCCCCACUGCUACAGAAGGGACACGGGGUACUUCAGAACUACAACCAGUUUGUCACUAAAGCAACAGAAUUAAAGAUGUUAGCUUAAAAUGAUUGAGUUUUGGAAUUAACUUUACUCUACCAUGAGAAAGACGUGCUGAAAGGAACCAAGAGUGCCACACCGCUGUGCUGCCAAUGCAAGAUGGGGUUGAAGUUUCUAGUAAUGGUCUAAAGGAGGGGUCAAGGCGAGAUGGAGUUUGAGAAUAGCUCUCUGGAUUACUUCACCAUCAACAGCACAGAGAGUUCUAACAACUCUACAGCUCCAACCUGGAGUGAGGACAUGCUCCUCGGCCUCCAGGUCUCCCUGUCUGUCCUGUUGGCCCUCGUUACUCUGGCUACUGUGCUUUCCAACGCCUUCGUCAUCACCACCAUCUUUCUCACCAGGAAGCUCCACACGCCAGCCAACUUUCUGAUUGGCUCCCUCGCCGUCACGGACCUGCUGGUGUCUAUUUUAGUCAUGCCAAUAAGCAUCCUCUACACUGUCAGUAAAACCUGGUCCCUGGGGCAGAUUGUCUGCGACAUUUGGCUGUCGUCUGACAUCACCUUUUGCACGGCCUCCAUCUUGCACCUGUGUGUGAUUGCGUUGGACCGUUACUGGGCUAUCACGGACGCACUGGAGUACUCCAAGCGUCGCACCAUGCGCCGCGCGGCGAUGAUGGUCGGGGUUGUGUGGGUGAUUUCUAUAUCUAUUUCCAUGCCUCCACUUUUCUGGCGGCAGGCUAAAGCGCACGAGGAGCUGACGGAGUGCGUGGUGAAUACAGAUCAGAUUUCGUACACCCUAUAUUCCACCUUCGGCGCCUUCUACAUUCCCACAGUGCUUCUCAUCAUCCUCUAUGGACAGAUUUACAUAGCUGCACGUUCUCGCAUUUUUAAGACCCCUUCCUCGUCUGGAAAGCGCUUCACCACCGCACAGCUCAUCCAGACCUCUGCAGGCUCAUCUCUCUGUUCUCUUAAUUCCGCCUCCCACCAGGACACACACCUACACUCUGGCAGCACAAGAAGUGGAGGGUCACCUCUGUUCAUGAAUAGUGUGAAAGUAAAGCUGGCAGACAGUGUGUUGGAGAGGAAACGUCUGUGUGCAGCGCGGGAGAGGAAAGCCACCAAGACACUGGGCAUCAUUUUGGGUGCCUUUAUCGUCUGUUGGCUCCCGUUCUUCGUCGGGACGCUGGUCACGGCCAUAUGCAAGGAAUGCUGGUUUCACCCCAUCCUGUUUGAUCUCUUCACCUGGCUUGGAUAUUUAAACUCCCUCAUCAAUCCAGUCAUCUACACGGCAUUCAACGAUGAGUUCAAGCAAGCUUUCCAGAAACUCGUUAAAUGCAGACGAAGCUUCUGAUCCUUUCAAACCAAGAUAGUUUUAUGUGUCAUAGAUAAAAAAUCUGCAUUAUGAAACGGAGGCACAAAUCUUUAAAGUCCCACUCCGGACGUCUUUUGAUCUAUUUUAGAAGGGUUUCCAGGGUUUAUUUUUUAUUACAAUUAUGUUAUUUUUAGCUAAAAUUCCAAAAUAAAUAAACCUGUGGUAGUUCGUUAGAAAUUCCAGGCAGAGCUAGCAGGGUCGCCACCCAGGCUGCCAGUCCCUGGGCAGCAGAACCAAUGUGGACAAACUCAGUUGGGGCCCACUUGGCCUUGCUGGCUGGAUACACACACUCCCACUAGCUUACAGCCCCCCACGCCCCCAUCCUAACAUUACAGGUGCAACAAAAAUGGCGAGCAAUAUUGGAGCUAUCUAGUCGUACAGUUGCAUCAAGAUCAUUCAAAAUGAAGUGGAGCAGGGAACUUGCAGCAAAUAUGCAACACGUGUUUUUUUUUUUUUUUGUGCUUUUGUUACACGUUUUGUACGUAGAGCCCCAAAAAACAAACAAAUAUUUGAGGAGCAUGUCUGCGUUUCCAUAGCCUGGCGUAAAAACGUAGCAUAAAAAAAAA